CACAAAUAAAAAAAAAAAAAAAUUGGGGCAUUGAUUGCUCUUAUCUGUUUGCUUGGUUUGCAUAACUCCAUAGUCACAGCGGCGGAUAAGAAAAGCUGCAGCCCAUUUUCAGUACGGAGUACAACCUUUUAACAUCUAAAAGUGUUUUUCUGGUUUCUGGGUACAUACUAAUCUGCUAUAAUUUGCCCGGAUACUUUCUGGCUAAGCUGGAUUGUCCAUUAUCCGAAAUCUCAGAGGCAACGUUAAUUACCACUACGUGAACCCCUCCAAGCCGCCGGCGGUCUAGCAGAAGGAUGGGUCGAGAAGAGCAGAUCGAGGAGCGUGAAGUCCUUGAAUCCAUUUUCCCGGAAGAAAUCACAGACGUAUCUGACACCUCGUAUCGAAUAUCGAUUGUUCUCGACCCACCCGAACAUGAUGUCGAAGAAGCAGCGACAGCAGAACCGCCAACGUUGAUCCUACAAGUUUCUUAUCCGGAAGAAUAUCCCGAUGCUGCACCAGACCUGGAUAUAUUCACUCCUCCAAACGCACCAAAGCAUCCGCGCCUGGAUAUUCAGGAGGACCGGAGCCGACUCCUCGAGGCUCUGCAGCCGGCGAUCGAAGAGAAUAUAGGCAUGGCAAUGGUUUUUACUCUCGUUAGCACGUUAAAAGACAGCGCGGAACUUCUCAUGUCGGAGCGGGCAAAUGCUGUUCAAGCUGAAAAGGAGAUGCAAGCCGCCAAGGCGGAAGAGGAAGAGAAUCGCAGGUUUCGGGGCACGCCUGUGAACAAGGAGACAUUUGUUGAGUGGCUGCAAAAAUUCAAAAAGGAGAUGGAUGAGCUGGAGCAGAAAGAGCGGGAGGAGAAGGAGGCGGAAGAUAAGAAGUUGAAGAAACCAUCAGUCAAAGAUGAAAAGAAAUUGACUGGUAAGCAGUUAUGGGAAAGGGGUUUGGCAGGAAAGGCAGACUAUGAUGAGUUUGACGAAGAUGCUGUUCCGACUGCUGCGGUAGAGAAAAUAAAGCUAGCCGUUUAAGCUGCAGUAUGAAUAGGUCUUGCUAGUUUUGAUAUGAAAAGCGUUUUCUUUGCAGACUUUGCUUCGCUGCCACGGGUGAUAUUUACAAGUCAUUGUAUUGCUACAGCUGGUUGAUC